UUUUGAGCAACUCAGUGCCUGUUUUAUGUAAAUUAAUUUUUUAGAUUAUAGAAACAAUAAAGUAAGAUGCCAAUAUACAUAAAAAAUCCGAAUCCCGAGGGCGACAUCGAAGAAUGGUGCAUAGUGGAACUUCAAGGAGACCUGGAGGUGCGUGGUGAUCGAGCCAUGAGCGGGCAAUUCAUUGGCGACUUGCUGUUCAAUAAAUAUGGACAACCGAUUCUUAUCAUUGGCCACCACAUUCUGCAGGGACGGUUGCAAAAGAUCGACAAACCCCUGCUGGUCAUGGAAAAGCAUGAAACUCGCAAACGUCAUGUGACCGAACCCUCCACCGAUGAUGCCGCCGGAGACGACGAGAACGAAAUCAUGCUGGACGUGAGCCAGGUCAGUCAGCUCGAUAGCACGAUAGCCUCCUCCAAUCGGACCGUCCUGGAUUCGACGCUGGCAGUGGAGCAUAAAACCGUCCCCAAAACAGAGUACCUUGUGCGAGCGGUGGUGAAGCACAAGAUUCUCUUCAAAGCCAGACCCAAACCCAUCAUCGCGAAUGUGGCGAAAAGCGUUUAGAGAUUUAUAUAAAAUCGUGGUAUUUAUUUCCAAUCUGCCAUCGAGUUCUAAUAUUACAUCUUUCGGUCAUAAAAUGUA